CUACACACAGAGGAGAAAAGAAGAAGCAACAACUCUGCAAAACCUCUCUCGUCGCCAAAACUGAGCUCACAAUUUCUUCCCACACCGCCGUCGCUACAACACAGCGCUGCUUCAAUCGGAAAUGGACGCCGACGACGGUGCGAAGAACGCGAACCUCGACGACGCACCCAUGCAGAUGGAUUCCGGCGACUCUUCUUCUACCGCUCAAGUGAAGGACAAAGAGAAGGAGGAGCUCACAGAGACUAUGAACAAAUUGCACAUUGAAGGAUCGUCUUCUGGGAGUGGAUUGCCGAACUUCAAACGAAAACCGGUUAUCAUCUUGGUUGUUGGCAUGGCAGGAAGUGGGAAAACAACAUUCAUGCAUAGGUUGGUUUGCCAUACACAUUUGUCAACCCUUCGGGGUUAUGUGGUGAAUCUUGACCCGGCUGUGAUGACACUCCCAUAUGCUGCUAAUAUUGAUAUAAGAGACACUGUUAAGUACAAAGAAGUCAUGAAGCAGUUCAACCUUGGCCCCAACGGUGGAAUUUUGACCUCCCUGAACUUGUUUGCUACCAAAUUUGAUGAGGUAGUUUCUGUUAUAGAAAGGCGAGCAGACCAACUUGACUAUGUUCUUGUGGAUACCCCUGGUCAGAUUGAGAUAUUCACCUGGUCUGCUUCUGGUGCUAUCAUCACAGAAGCUUUUGCCUCCACAUUUCCCACCGUAGUCACCUAUGUAGUUGAUACCCCUCGUUCACAAAAUCCCACCACUUUCAUGAGCAACAUGCUGUAUGCUUGUAGUAUCCUCUAUAAGACAAGGUUACCUCUUAUCUUGGCGUUCAACAAGGUUGAUGUAGCCCAACAUCAGUUUGCUGUGGAGUGGAUGGAAGAUUUUGAGGUAUUCCAACAGGCGGCAGGUUCAGAUCACUCUUACUCGUCAACUUUUGCUCAGAGCCUUUCACUUGCACUAGAUGAAUUCUACAAGAAUUUAAGAUCAGUCGGAGUUUCUGCAGUUUCUGGUACAGGAAUAGAAGCCUUCUUCAAGACUGUUGAAACCAGUGCAGAGGAGUACAUGGAAAACUACAAGGCUGAUCUGGAUAAAAGACGUGAAGAGAAGCAGCGAUUGGAAGAAGGCCGCAGGAAGGAGAGCAUGGAUAAAUUGAGGAUGGACAUGGAGAAAUCUGGUGGAGGAACUGUAGUAUUAAACACUGGUUUGAAAGACAAAGAAAAGGCUAAAAGUAAAAGCAAGAUGGAUGAGGAUGAAGAUGAGGUUGAAGAGGAUGAGGAAAUGGAUGAUGAUUUGGUAUAUACUGAAGACGAGGAUGCUAUUGAUGAGGAUGAAGAUGAGAUGUGAUUUUAUUGCUUGAGAUAGAGACAAUGUUUCAUUUGACAUUGUGAUAUGCAACAUGAAAGAUCCUAAUCCAUUGCUAUCAGAAUUUGAUCUGUGUAUAGGACCUUAGACUUUCAUUUGGUACAAUGAUACGACCUUGAAAGUUUGACUACCAAUUAAUCAACCAGAUUAUUCA